AUGCACCCAACCAGUCUCGCCAGGGCCAUGCUCUCUCGGGAUCGGCAGUUCCAGAAGUUGCAGGAAUGGCACCGCAAGAACAGCUCAAAGCUCAGCUUGCGCCACCUUUUUGAAGGGGACAAGGAACGCUUCAACCGCUUCAGCCUGCUCCUCAACACCAACCAUGGGCAUAUUCUGGUGGAUUACUCCAAGAACCUUGUGACGGAGACUGUGAUGCAGAUGCUGGUGAACCUGGCGAAGUCCAGGGAUGUGGAAGCCGCCCGGGAUCGUAUGUUCAGUGGGGAGAAGAUUAACUUCACCGAGGACCGGGCAGUGCUGCAUGUGGCCCUGCGGAACCGGUCAAACACACCCAUUUUGGUGGAUGGCAAGGAUGUGAUGCCAGAAAUUAACAGGGUCCUGGAGAAGAUGAAGGCUUUCUGCCAGCGUGUCCGGAGUGGUGACUGGAAAGGGUACUCAGGCAAGGCCAUCACGGACAUCAUCAAUAUUGGCAUCGGUGGCUCUGACCUGGGGCCUCUCAUGGUGACAGAAGCCCUCAAGCCUUACUCUUCAGGAGGUCCCCAGGUCUGGUUUGUCUCCAACAUCGAUGGGACCCACAUUGCCAAAACUCUAGCUGUACUGAACCCUGAGACCUCUCUGUUCAUCAUUGCCUCCAAAACCUUUACCACCCAGGAGACUAUCACAAAUGCAGAGACUGCCAAGGAGUGGUUUCUUCUGUCCGCCGGGGACCCUUCUGCAGUUUCGAAGCACUUUGUUGCCCUGUCUACCAACAUGACUAAAGUGAAGGAGUUUGGAAUUGACACACAAAACAUGUUUGAGUUCUGGGAUUGGGUAGGAGGGCGCUACUCGCUGUGGUCAGCCAUUGGACUCUCCAUUGCUCUGCACAUCGGGUUUGACAACUUUGAGCAGCUGCUCUCGGGGGCUCACUGGAUGGACGAUCACUUCCGCAAGACACCCCUGGAGAAGAAUGCCCCUGUCCUGCUGGCUCUGCUGGGUGUCUGGUAUAUCAACUGCUUUGGGUGUGACACACAGGCCAUACUGCCCUAUGACCAGUACAUGCACCGCUUUGCUGCCUACUUCCAGCAGGGUGACAUGGAGUCCAAUGGGAAGUCUAUCACCAAGUCUGGCACCCGUGUAGACUACCAAACGGGCCCCAUUGUGUGGGGGGAGCCAGGCACAAAUGGCCAGCAUGCCUUCUACCAGCUCAUCCACCAAGGCACCAAGAUGAUACCUUGUGACUUCCUCAUCCCAGUCCAGACCCAGCACCCAAUACGGAAGGGUUUGCAUCACAAGAUCCUCCUUGCUAACUUCUUAGCCCAGACUGAGGCCCUGAUGAGGGGGAAAACAACAGAUGAGAUCAAGAAAGAGAUGCAGGUUGCAGGAAAGAAUCCUGCUGACUUUGAGAAGCUGUUGCCACACAAGGUCUUUGAAGGAAACCGCCCAACCAACUCUAUUGUGUUCACCAAGCUCACACCAUUUAUUCUGGGAGCCUUGAUUGCCAUGUAUGAGCACAAGAUCUUCGUGCAGGGUGUCAUUUGGGACAUCAAUAGCUUUGACCAGUGGGGAGUGGAGCUGGGAAAGCAGCUGGCUAAGAAAAUUGAACCUGAGCUUGAUGGCAGCAGCCCAGUGACCUCUCAUGAUUCCUCCACCAAUGGGCUGAUCAAUUUCAUCAAGCAGGAACUUGAGGCCUGA